ACUCUACUUUUAAAAAAAAAUUCACUUUACAGUAUUACAUUUCAAAAAGAGAUAAAAUGCAAAGUAACAAAAAUGGAGGGGUUCAGAAGGGGGGAAAUCAAGAAGAAAAAUAAGCGAAAAAAAUGGAAAAAAGAAAUACAGAAAUAUUUCUGCUAUUCUUCUGCUUGUCGGUAUAGUACUGCAACUGUUUCUUAAUAAAGAUACUUGAACUUGCCCUUCAGGCCAGCUCCAUACUGGUUAUACUUGUUUUUUAGUUUCAUUAUUCCAGCCUUCCUAGAGAGAGACAUAACAUAAGUUGAACAAUCUGAAUUUCAUAUUUUAAAGUAUUAUAAUGCAGGGUGGAUUUGAUUUAAAUCGAGUUGAUUUAAAUCACAAUUUAAAUCAUGAUUUAAAUCACUAGUAAAAAGACUUGAUUUAAAUCAACUCGAUUUAAAUCAUAAUUUUUAAAGAACAACUGUCAUCUCUGCUACUCCUUUGACCCACUGUUGACUCACCGAUAGUCCCAGUGUUGCAGAAUAUACAGCCUCAUGCUACAUAACUAAGCUCCGUUUCAUGCUGAAUAAACUAAAUUAUUUAUGUAUCUUAAAUAGAAAACUAUCUUACGAUAGAUUUUUACCCCAAAAGUUUUUUAUUAAAAUAAAUUUGAUAAAAAUAAAAAAAUCCGAUUUAAAUUUUAAAAAAUCUGAUUUUUUUUUAUUUUUUUUAAAAAAUCAUUGAUUUUUAUCCCCCCUGUUAUAAUGUGAUAUUCAAAUUGUCUAAAUUCCCAGCAUCAACAUUUAAUAUGUGAAUUUCUUUAAAGCUUAAUCCAUUAUGGAAGGCAGAGUAUUUGGUAAAAUAAAUUUAGAUGGAAUUCUCUAAUGCUAAGCAUAACAUUAGUUGUUGCAAAGAUAAUGUACAAAUUUCGUUUAAGGAAAUUGUAAAAGCAUUGGUAAAAUGGUAAAAUUAAAAAGCUUUGGGGAGCUUGUAUUUUUCUCUGGAAAAAAAUAUUGAGAACAUUAGUGUCCUUUAUUUUUUCACAAUACAAAACUUGCUGGUAUGCAACAUUCAUAGUUAACUCUGUUUAUAUUUGGCUGGAUUCCUGUUGACAGUUGUCAAAACAUUUUUGAUGCAAAACGCAACAACCUUUAAAACAAAUUAGCUCCUUUCUCUAAGGUUAAAAGGAACAGUCAGUACUGAGAUUGUUAUGUAUUGACCUUAAACAUUUAUUCAUGACAUAAAUCCAAUUCCUGAUAACGCAUCAUUAGUAUAAGUAUAAAUGCCAAUAUAAGGGACACGGUGGCUCAGUGGCUAAGACGCUGAGCUUCUUGAGCUUCUGCCAACCUAGUAGUUCGAAAGCAUGUAAAAAAAUGCAAGUAGAAAAAUAGGGACUACCUUUGGUGGGAAGGUAACAGCGUUCCGUGCGCCUUUGGUGUUUAGUCAUGCCAGCCACAUGACCACAGAGACAUCUUCGGACAAUGCUGGGUCUUUGGCUUUGAAACGGAGAUGAACACCGCCCCCUAGAGUCGGGAACGACUAGCACAUAUGUGCAAGGGGAACCUUUACCUUUACUAAAUGACAGUAAAAUUGUAAGUGGGAGAAAUAAAUCUGUGCAUGGUGUUUCUUUUCUCAUUUAAAUCAUAUUGGUUGAUAUAACAACUUUUAGUUAACCUGAAAUAUGUAAUGAAGGUGCAUUGAUUUGUUUUCUUAGUUAUGCAGACUUUAGAUUAUUAUAAGUUUAGACUAAAUGUUAAGACUAUCUUGUUUGAACUGACAUUUGGUGUGGGUGAUGGAUCUAGAAUGAAUUUAUAAUGUAGAAAUGGCUUUGCUUUUUUUUUUUCAUUAACCAUCUUGAGCCAUUUGAAGAAUGCUGAGCGAACUAUUUAGAGAUUUAUAUUAGAAUGACAGAAAUAUCACUGUAAACAUGAGGUUUAUAACUAAAUGUUCUGAUUGCUGAGGGGUUGAAAGCCAGGUUCAGGGAGCUUGUAACAGCUUGUCCCAAUAGAGCAGGAGCCUUGUGGAUUGGGCUUUUGCUUUGUGGCUAGUAUUGCUGGGAUUUCAUUCUCCUCUCCCAUUCCUGCAAGAGACUAAAAGGAAGAGAACAAAAGCUGGAGGGAUGAGUGGUGGCAACAACUUGCCUUCUGGGCAACAUCUGCCGAUUGCUAUUGCGUUGUGCAGGACUGAUGGCAGCAGCAUCAAUACACUGUUAGGAAGUAUAUGUGAGGCAACCCAUAGAAAAAGAAGUGGAACCUCACUUGUUACCAGGUGAACUGGUGCUUUGUGAAGCAAACAUGGUUCUGAAAUUUGUACAAGACGAUGGAUCAAAUCGUGGCACUUUUGGAAAACUUAUUUGCACAAACUUCAAGAUUUCAUUCCUUGGAGAAGAAUCCACUUUAGAGGAAGAACCGCAGUUCAAAAAUAAAAUCUUGGAAGAAAAUGACAUAACCCUUCAGUGUGUAGAUCAACUUUAUGGAGUUUAUGAUGAGAAAAAGAAACUUUUAAGUGGUCAACUGAGAAAAUAUCCAGAAACAAUAAUAAUCUACUGCAAAGACCUUAGAGUGUUUCACUUCUGUUUAAGAUAUACAAAGGAAGAAGAAGUUAAAAGGAUUGUCAGUGGCAUAGUUCAUCAGACACAGACCCCUAAGCUAUUUAAACGCUUGUUUCUGUUCUCUUAUGCAUCAGCUGCCCCAAAUGAUUUAGAGAAAGCGAAUCAAGUAGUAUGGUUUGAUUCUAUUAAAGACUGGCGUCAAGAAUUGGAGCGGACCAAAGGAAAUCUAAAAUACAAAGCAGUGAGUGCUAAUGAAGAUUAUAAAGUCUCUAAAAAGUUGCCCGCCUAUUUUGUUGUUCCAAUGGCUAUUUCUGAAGAAAGCAUUUUGCAGUAUCAAGGAAGAGGAAUUCCAAUUUGGUGUUGGUCUUGCCAUAGUGGUGCUGCUGUCCUCAAGAUGUCAACUUUUGGCAAAGACCAAGAUGACAACACUUCCCAACUGCACAAACUAUUCUUGGAUGGAAUGUAUAAAACAAUUGAUAAGCCUCCAUAUGAAGCCUUGAAAACUGAAGACCUUUCAAGCAGCCUUCCAUCUUUGCAAGAAAUCCAAGUUGCAUAUACUAAAUUUAAACAGCUGUUUUUAAUAGAUAACAGUGCAGAAUUCUGGGAUACUGAUGUAAAAUGGUUUUCACUGUUAGAAAGUACAAAUUGGCUAGAAAUCAUAAGGCGAUGUCUGAGAAAAACAAUAGAUAUUAUUGAAUUGCUUGAAGUACAGAGCACAAAUGUUCUUCUUCAGGAAGAGAAUGCGUCUGAUCUCUGUUGUGUGAUCUCCUGCUUGGUUCAAAUUAUGAUGGAUUCAUACUGUAGAACAAAGAAGGGAUUUCAGAGCCUUAUUCAGAAAGAAUGGAUCAUGGGAGGACAUGCUUUCUUGGAUCGCUGUAACCAUCUGCGGCAAAGUGAUAAAGAAGAGGCUCCAGUUUUCUUGCUCUUCCUGGACUGUAUUUGGCAACUAGUUCAGCAAUAUCAACCAGCGUUUGAAUUUACAGAAACGUACCUGACUGUUCUGUCUGACAGCCUUUACAUCCCCAUAUUUAGCACCUUCUUCUUCAAUUCUCAACACCAGAGAGAUACCACUACGUAUGGAGGAAGUCUUGAUACAGAAGGCAGCAAACUUAAUUUUCUUUCGGUUUGGGAUUGGUCUGUGCAGUUUGAACACAAGGCUCAAGCUUUGCUUAACAACCCUCUUUAUGCAGAAAAGCCAAAACUAGACAAAACUCCGAAAAAAGCUUCACGAUUCAAGCAUCAGAGGCAACUCUCCUUGCCCCUGACACAAGCAAAACCUCCUCCAAGAAGGGGAUUUUUUAAAGAAGAAACAGAUCAAUUAAUUAAAAACAUCUUGGGCAAAAGAAUCAGCAGGCUGAUAACUUCUUCCGAUGAACUUCAGAAUAAUUCCAGAGAAUUCUAUGACAGUUGGCACAGUAAACCUGUUGACCUUCACGGACUCCUCCUGCCAUAUCUAGAAGGACCAGAAAUCAAAGUAUGGGCACAGAGAUAUUUACGAUGGAUUCCUGAAGCUCAGCUCCCUGGUGGAGGUGCAGUUGCCACUGCCACAAAAGUCUUAAAUGUAAUGGAAGAUGUACAGGGUUUGCAGAAGAAAAUAGACGAAAGACAUCAUCAGGCAGAAUCUCGUGAUGAUACCGAAGCUUCUCCCUUUAUGAGAAAUCCUGCUCGUUUGUCAUCGUUAUUUCCCUUUGCUUUGCUUCAGAGACAUUCCCUUAAACCAGUUUUGCCUACCAGCAUUUGGAAAGACUUGGAAGGUGAAGAAGAUUUGGCCAGGAGAGAUGAUGAGUAUGUUGAUCUAGGAGGUGGUGAUUAAUGUAAUGCUUCUUUUCAGUUAUAGAAUUGAACCAUAUUUCUGUUCAAUUAUUGGAAUAAAAUUGGUUUCAGGGAGCCACAUAAUUUCCUUUGUAUUCUGGAUAAAGAUAAUUAUAAUGAAGUUUUAAUACAGAAUGAUAUACAACUGUGCUUGAGAACAUGGAUGUAUUUUCCAUAGACAUUGGGGAAGAGGGAGGGUUACAACAGCCUUAUUCUUAAUUAGGUUCUUCUGCCACAGGAAGGAAGAUCACUUUUUUUUAUCAUGAGUGUAUAAGAACCUGCUGAGACAGCAUGCAGGAUAAUACCGCAGCAGCAGGAUUAAACAAAAAUGAAUAUUUUUUUCUCUAGCAAGAAUCUGUUCUAUUUCUUACCCCUUCAAUAAAUGAAAGUUUUAUCUCCCUGCCCCCAAAAAGUGAUUGUUGAGCAGUCAUGGGAAAAAUUAAGGUGUUGAAAAUAUCAAGAAAGAUCUAUUGGAGCCUGCCUACUUCAGUUUUAAUAAGUGGUGGCAUCAAAUGUUCGUCAGCAAUUGGAAAACAGCCUAGUCUGGGAAGGUCAUCUAUUUAUUUUAUCCUUGAUAAAACUGAUCUUUGUAACGAGAAUCUUAUUUUUUUUAAGUAGUUUGAAUUUGUUAGUUGUUUUAAAUUUGAGCUUGAGAAAUAAAGAGUAAAAGACGGUCACGAAUCCUGCUUGUUCUGAUCAUCCAUCCUCUAAGGUUCUAACAUUUUCAUAAAACAGAUGGUCUUGAGUUCAUCUCAGCCUUACUACGUAGAUGGUCUCUGCUUGUUGUGUGUUUUCUGAUCAGUGGUGACUUCAGGUAAUUUAUUGCCCAGUACAAGAAGCAAACGAAUUUAUAAGGUAUGAAUAAACUAGAAUUGUGUUUGUCAAAAAUUUUUAUAGGGUUCUUAUGUUGAUCUUUCUCACCAGUACUAGUAGUUUGCACUGAACCUCUAGUCCUUCUGUUAGGAAGGCAUUUAAAGAAAUGAAACUGGACUUGUCAUCCAGUAUUUGUGCUUUCUUAAAGCAUGGCAUUAAAGGUAAUAACGAAUGUAAAGAGUCUGCACGGUGGAAUCUCAGAUUACAGAACGUUGCUACAAUAAUACUGCAGUUACAAAAGCCAUACAGAAAUGCUCAUUAAACCUGGUCUGAUUAUUUUUAAGAGAUGGACUUGUCAAAUUAACUUCAACAACUGUCAUAAAAAAACUAACAUAAUCCAAAAUUAGAAGUAAUGCACAGGAUAGAAUUGAUUCAUAAACAGGACUAUUUUUGGGAGAAUGAGUGAUAAAUUGAUAAAGAUAGUACAACUUUCAUUAACACUUCCACUUUCUGAUUAUGCUGAUUAAGAGUCUGGGAGAACAGUUGUUUAAUCCAGUCAGCUAUAGAAAGAGGAAAAAACACAAUGUCUGAUUUCUGAAUUAAUUCUUCCUAAGUGCAUUUUUUGCUUUGGAUUAUGUUCACUGUGACAAACAGAGUCUGUUGGUUCUUUUAGUUUUGUUGGAAUAAAAGAUAAUGAGUGUUUUAUUGGAAUAUGUGUAUACAUUGGUGAGGAUAAAAGCCAAAAGUGCUAAAGUCCCAUGUUGCCUUAUGCAUCUUGUUAUUAUGAACUCCUUGAGUUUUCAGAAAUUUGAAACACAUUAAAAACUUAUUUGUAUGUGAACCUUCCAAAAGCUAACAUUUCAUAUUUUUCCUUGUAACGUCUGCAACAUUUGCUGCGGCUCCUCUAGAUACUCGAAUUUAUAGCUGGUUGAAUUGUAAUUUGAAUACUUUUUUAAAAACACUAACAUUAAGCUUAAAUAUUUUUGACAGUACGAUUGUAAUAUAUUGAUCGUGGAAAUGUAUUUAUAUUUAAGCUGUCAAAUGUUUAUAGAAAAAUAUAUAGAAGAAUUUUUAUAAUAGUUUAUGGAAUUGCUCCAUUCUAGUCUUGAUCAGAACACAGCACUGUAUGAAUGAAAAUUAUUUAAAUGUAUUUUUUCAGGUAUUGCGUUAUUACCUCUCAGUUUUUACACUGAAUACAAGCUUAGCUUUAACAGUACUUAAGGAUAAAUCUUCCUGUAAUUCACUGUAGUCUGUUUGGAUACCUGUAUUUGUUAAUAAAAUGUACUUUUACUAAUAAUUUAAAAA